AUGAAGAAAGAUAUCAAAGAUCAAAUGGAUCAAUUUACCGAAGAGGAUCACAAUGAUUUCAAGGAAAUGUUUGCAGGAUUAGAAGGGGAUAACAUUCCAGAAGAAAUGAGAAUGAUUAUAAGCCUUUGCCUUUCUGUGUGGACCAGAAGCCCUGAUGCAUAUAAGCAAUUACAAGAGAAUGGUAUGUUCAAACUGCCAUCAGGAAGGUUGUUGUCAUUGUACAAGAACUCAGUGAAACAGAGUGCAGGACUGAAUGAUGAUGUGUUGGACUGGCUUGUCAAAGAGGCUGAUAAGAGUAAUCUUGAUGAGUUUGGUAGAGAAGGUGGUCUGAUAUUGGAUGAAAUGUCUAUUCAGGCUGUGUCAAAGCUGUUGUUGAGAGGAUUCAAGAUUCUUUACURUUGUUGUGAUGGUGGUGAAGCAAACCGUGGCUUCAUCAACAUUCACUUUGAUGGGAAAGAUCCAGUAGAGAAGAAGUUUACCAUUCGAAACCGAUAUACGAGGGAGCCUUUGAURUUMAUUCUGGAUUUUUCACAUAAUAUAAAGAAGUUGCGCAACAACCUAUCUAAGAGUAAGCAUGGGGGUUCUAGAAAGCUAACAGUGAAUUCUCAGCGUAUUACAUGGAAGCAAUGGGUGGAUGCAUUUAAUUGGGAUCAGCWGACRAAUUCAUURCCGGUUCAUUAUCGGCUGACUGUGAAGCAUUUCCAGUUGGGGUAUUCCUCAAAGAUGAGAAAUCAUCUUGAUGAGCAGGUCCUCAACAAAGACAUGCUGGAAUUGAUGAAGRCAUACAAAGAUGAUUUGGAGCGCAAGGCAGGAAAACCAGUGAAUGAUCUUGAUCAGGCGAUUAAGUUCCUUGAAGUAACGAGUGUCUUGAUUAAAAACUUYACAAGUCGGCAGUGCUACACUAGCAUGGCUGACCAUCGUCUUGUUGAAAACGACAAUUGCUUGGAAUGGCUACAGCAAUGGCAGUCUGAAGUUAAAGCGAGAAAAGGCUUGAAGGCUUCUGAGAGAAAUAAGCUUUUUCUUUCAGACAAGACCAUGAACGAUGUGACCUCUUGCAUUCUGGGAUUUAAAGAGUUGUGUCGUUUCUCAUUUCAGGCACACCCUGGAUGUAAAGUUUCUGCAUGUCGUGUUAACAGUGAUCUUGUUGAGAAUGUCUUUUGCCAGCAACGUGGUAAUAAUGGUCAGAAUGACAAUCCCACGUAUGUUCAGUAUGGACCAUCCAUGAAUAGCAUAUUGCUGGGGCAGACUACAACCACCAAGAAGGGUAAUACUGGCAAGGUUGACAGGUAUGCAUUCAACAAGCCGCAAAAGUUGCCAGUGAAGCGUAAAGAAGCAAAGAGGAAAUUAUCGUAUGGGACAACUGAUGUUGAACCAACCAGUGUUCCAGACCAAAGUGAAACUAGUGGAACUAGGGAUUCAGUCUGCGUGAAAGAGUUUUUAUUUCCUGCUGAAGUGUCACAGUCCACGUUAGGAGGUAGGAAUGGUAGUUAUGCAUGCACAUUGAUUGCCAUUUCAGUCUGUAAAUAUUUUGAAGAAAAUGAAUUACCAGUUGUGUGUAGUGAGAGUCUUCCUCCAGAAUGGAAUACCAUGAUGGUAAAGUGUAUCACAUCUGGAAACAUGCUUUAUGACACCCACCAAGGGAGCAAUGUAUUUCUAGAUGUUGAAGAUGCAUACAAUAAUUUUGCUGAAGAACUUCAUUUAGUGUCUUAUGAGGAAAACGUGUGCAAUUGUUCUAAUCAAGACAUGUCUCCCGUAGUAGGGAUGCUAUCACAAAGUGAAUGCGAGGCAAGAAAAGUCAGUUUUAUUGUGGUUGCACAAGAAAUGUCAGUUGCUGUACUGAAAUUUGGAACAGGGGAGCUAGUUCUGGUAGAUAGUCAUACACAUGGUCAAUUUGGRGCAGUCAUAUGCACWGCAGGUUAA